UCCGCGCGUUGUAAUCACGCCGCGACGCGCCGCGCUCCGCUCGCGGGCGGCGCGGCGGCACGGGGGACGCCGGACAUCGACGCAGAUGUAUCGCGCACUCGCCCCGCGCCGCUAAUCCAGCCGCAUUCGUCGCAAAUCCUUGAUACACAUCCUAAUGAUAACAGAUCACAACAGGGACACGUGCUCUUUACACACAUGAACUUUGCGAAAUCAGCUUUACGCUGAAAGACAAUGAGGUCAAUGAGAUUCAGCCUGUUAUAGACCGUCAUGCCGAGAUUUUUAGGUGUCGCCCACGUUUAUCACUCAGGGUCAAGACCGGACUUUAUUUAUUUUAAACACAGUAGUAUGCAAUCUAGAUAUGACUGCAGACGACAUUCUUAGAGAACGUGGGUCCCUCAGGAAGGCCUAAUAGCAACGUUCGCGCCAACCACCAAGCCUUGUUGAUGCCUCAAAUGUACUCACUCGAUUUAGUCAUUUACAAGCGACAUGCGAAGACACUCGAGGUCUGAAAGUGUAGGGAAGCCCGAAGAAGAUGUCGAGAAGAAAAAUGAAAAAGAAGAUGGCGGUCUUUUUAGAGGCAGAAGGAGGAGGGACAACGUCAUUAAGGAGUACCUGAUUGACUACACUGCGAACUCUAAUCUUCAUGGUCUGAAAUACAUCGGGGAGAAAGAGCGAACUUUUGUCGAAAAAGUAUUCUGGCUGUUCAUGUUCAUAUGCUGCGUGGUGCUGUGCUCCGGCCUCAUCAGUAAACUAUGGACCAAGUGGAACGAGAGUCCCGUUAUCGUUAGUUUUGCUGAAAACCCCACCCCAGUGUGGGCGAUCCCAUAUCCCGCUGUAACCAUUUGCUUCGAGACCAAAGCGAUGCAAACCAAGUUCAACUUUACGGAAUACUACCAUUUGUACAAUAACGCCAGUUCCAACAUAACGGAAGAAGAGCGUCAUUUGUUUGAAGACGUGUCGUUAGUAUGCGACGGUCACUUGGCCCCGAGAAAUGGCAGGCAGUUUUCAUCAGGCGUUGAUAUCGUAAACAACUUGAAAGAGGUUUCGCCAAACAUGACGAGCGUAUUCUUCGGUUGCAUGUGGAAAGACACUCCCAAGCAAACGUGUGAAGAUCUGUUCUCACCCAUUCUGACGGAAGAAGGACUGUGUUACACAUUCAAUACUUUAGGAGCUCAGGAGCUGUUCAGAUUAGAGAAUCUGCAUACUGAAUAUACUUACCUGGACAAUUACUUCAACUCCUCGGGAUGGACUUUAGACAACGGAUAUCCAACAGAUACUCUAUCCGACACUUAUCCACAUAAGGGUUUGGGCCAUGGUAUCAAAGCUGGAGUAACAUUCCUGUUAAAAGCCUAUGAGAUCGACUUGGAUUAUCUUUGCAAAGGCCCUGUUCAAGGCUUUAAGAUAUUACUCCACAACCCCGCAGAACUACCUCGGCUGUCCCAGCAGUAUUUCAGAUCCCCACUCUCACAGGAGGUGGUAGUGGCUGUCAAACCCAAGAUGAUGACCACGUCGGAUGGACUUCGGCCCUAUGAUCCCUCCAGACGUAAAUGCUACUUUCAAAACGAACGUUAUCUUCAGUACUUCAAAGUAUAUACUCAAUCAAAUUGCGAGAUGGAAUGUACAACCAACUACACUUUGGCUCGAUGCGGCUGCGUACACUUUGGUGUACCACGUGGUCCCGAUAUGAAAGUAUGCAAUGCGGGUAAAGUGGCGUGUCUAAAGCAAGCACAGAUGGAUCUUGUACUAACUCUAGCCCAACUGGAAUUAAAUAUUGACGAUACAAAUGAAAAUGAAACUCUCCGGGAGUCGAGGGAGAUAGCUGCCAAAUGUCAAUGCAUGCCGGCCUGCACCUCUAUCGAAUACGAAGCUGAAACCUCACAGGCCGACUAUAAUUGGAAGGCUAUAUUCACUGCCUACAAACAACCUAUUGAAGAAAAUGAAAACGACGUGAAGUUCGCGCGUGUGAUGAUAUUCUUCAAGGAGGCGCAGUUCAUCACGUCGCGGCGGUCCGAGUUGUACGGCCAGACUGACUUCCUGGCCAACUGCGGCGGCGUGCUCGGCCUCUUCCUCGGCUUCUCUAUACUCAGCGUUGUCGAGCUGCUCUACUUCCUUACUCUAAGAAUUUGCUGCGUAUUAUGGCGUCGUCGUGCUGCGAAAAAGAAAAAUCUGAAACUAUUUCCCAAAGAAGACAAAGUGGAAACGGUUAGCUCUAAGCCUAACAAACUUUAUAUUGAUUAAUUAAAAAUUUGUUUUCUGGAUGUAUUUUUCAAAUAUAUGCACAAUUAAUUGUGUGCUAAAUUAGGUACUCGAAUCACACUUGUUUUAUAAUAUUUUGCGGAACCAAAUGUUAGCAGUAACCAAUAAAUUUUAUUAUUCUAUUGUAUAGCUUUAUUGGAAAUAUUUUUAUACUUACUAUAAAUGUAAACGAUAAGAAUCCUGAUACACAUGCUCAUUUCAUUACUAGCAGACUUGCUUUUUAACUGUAAAUCGACCGAAGUAUACAGAUAAAGAGUAAGCCCCUAAAUAAGCAUGCUAGUAAAAUGUGUAUGUGUAUUCAGUACGAGUAAAUAGCCUUAGAUUGUUAUUAGGUAUCCGAUUAAUUAAAAUAAAUUAUUUAUGUGUAAAGAA